UCUAAUUGGUUUUCUUUUCACAAAUCUCUUAAUUUCCCCUUUUCCUUUUCUUCUCCGCCCUCAAAAAUCGAGCUCCCCACUGUUCUCUCCUCCUCUCCCCUGUUCUUUGAUGGGGGCGGUUUUAAUGGAGUGGCUCUACUUCUCAUAAAUGGCUCACCACACUAUGCUGACCAAUGUUUCUAAAAAUUCCACUCACCCACAUCCACAAUUGCCUCCCAAUCCCAUCUUCCAUGAUUUUUUAGGCAUGAAAAACCCUGAUUCUCAUCUGGGUUUCUCUCCUCGGAAGGCGGCGCCGCCGGAUUUGCGGCCGUCUGAACACUGUCCUGCUGCCUCUGCUUCCCGUGGCUCCUCUUCAAGCGGCGGCCGUGGCCUCAUCUCUACUUCCUCAGAUCUUGCUUCUGAUCGGCAGGUAGGUAGUCAUCUUGAAGGCGUUCCGUUUUACGGUCCGAGGGGCGAUAUCUCGACUACGGAGAUCCAUAGUAGGAUUAUAGGGAGUAAGAGAAGCAUAUCAGAUUCUGGUUUUAUGUCGUCGUAUCGAGAUGGUGUUCCACAUAUGCCUUCCGAGUCGCAUCAUAAUAGCUUGCAUCUAAUGAAGACGUUACGAAAUGGAGCAGGCGGGGAUCGAAAUCGAAGAUCAAAUGACGAUGAAGUGAUGGUUGGGAUGCAGCAUCCAAUGAGGCCGAACGCUGCAUCGCUUAUCCUGCAAUCUCAUGUUGGAAGUGGGAGUAGACUUGAUGCUGAUGUUACCAAGUGGGAGAGAUCCACGCUUAUGAACAUCGGUCCUGCUCCGACCGUGCAGUGCUCUCCUCGGGGGACGUUUGUGCCUUUUUCCCCUCAGUUACCUACAAAUCGAUAUAGAGAAGCCAACGUUAUUCCUCCGAAUAUAUCUCAAUCAGCUGCCGAUGAGGGAUCUCGUACUGGAAUCAAAGGUCCUGGAAUCUUGAGUUCGAGUAAUCCUGGUGGUGGAACCUCUGAACGAAACUCGUCGAUCCUGCUCAAAAAGUCCGGGACUAAUAUUGUAGAUCCCGAAUCCUGUAUUCCUUCAAGUCGACGUGGUCUUACAUCGGUUAAUCGGCAGAUGACGAUAUUUUACGGUGGUCAAGCUCAUGUCUUCGACGACGUUCAUCCAAACAAGGCAGAUGUUAUAAUGGCCUUAGCUGGAUCGAACGGCGGAUCGUGGUCGACUAACUAUGCAACAAAGUCAACAGCUAGGCCAAUCAACGAAAACCAAAUGCCAAGUGGAGAACUCGAUAUCGUCGCCAAAGAAGCACAUGGAAAGCUAUGUGUUGCUGGGAGCUCCAUGCCUCUAGUUGGCUCUGUUGAGAGAAUCUCAACAACAUCAGCAGGAGCUUCUCAUGGCAGCAAUGCUGGUAAAGGUGGUAGAGACCAAGCUCAAGCCACCGAUUCGAGCAUAGAGAAGAAGAGAGAUCUGUAAUAUUUGUUCUCCAACUCGAACAAACUCUCGCCGUGCUCGCCCAUGUUUCGGUACUAUCUAGCUUCGAUUUUUAUCGUAUGUUCUUACCUUUUGCUGGUGGGGGUGCAAUUUUCUUGUUCAUGGGAAUGUGGAAGAUCUGAGAUUAUGGAUUGAAUUCUAGAUGAAAAGAAUGGUUUAAGCUUGACGAGCAAUGGAGAAAUUAGUCCCCUUACUA